AUGGAAGCACUAAUUCAGAGAAGAAAACCUAUUAGGGCAUCUUUUUCGAGAAUAUGUAACGGAAUUAAACUUGAAAUAGAAAAAGAAAUCCCGGACAAAGAAUUUAUAAGAUCAAAAUUGACAACUUUAGAACGUUUAUCGGACGAACUUCGCUCUUAUGAUAUUCCAAUUUUAGAUUCAGAAUAUUCUUCUGAAGAGCAGUUUAACAGUGAAUGGGAAAGCGUCGAAGAAUACAAGGAAAAAUUAGAUUUGAUUAAAGUUAAAGUUGAAAUUUUCUUUUCCCGCCAACUUGCGCAAUCCGUCGCCAGUGUGUCUCCAAACUUAAACAAACGAAAACUCAAGCUGCCUGAAAUAGUAUUAAAACAAUUCGGUGGGGACAUUAAAGAUUGGUUGCCAUUUUGGAAGCAAUUCCAACGAAUUCAUGAUGAUAAAGAAAUUCAAAAUGAAGACAAAUUCCACUAUUUAAUCCAAUAUACUAUACCUGCGGAAUUUUAUAUACGAGAAUUGUUAAGUCUAAUUAUUAAAAAUGUAACUGAGCAAAGAAAAAGGUGUAGUGUGUCCGAGCUGUACGACAAAUUAGAAUCCUAUUUGCGAUCGUUAGAAUCAAUUGGAAUGACAAGCGACAAAUACUCUGCCAUGUUAUUUCCACUCGUUGAAUCGUGUAUUCCUGAGGAGUUAUUAAGAGUUUGGCUGAGAAAUCAUGCAUCAAUAAUCACAGAAGAAAAUACUUAUUCCGAAAAAUUAAAACAAUUAUUGUUAUUUUUGAGAAAUGAAGUUGAGGGAGAGCAGAGAAUUUCUUUGGCAAAAGCUGGGUUUAAAUUUGAUUUUGGUGCACGAAACAAAGUUAGAAGGGAUAAAAGGUUCCAAAAUGAAGAUUCUGUGCCUACUGCGAAUGAAUUAUUCUCGGGCCAUAAGAAAACAUUUAACCUUGGGGAAAAGAACUCUUGCAUUUUUUGUGAGAAACAACAUGAAAGCCAAAAUUGUUUUGUGGCUCAAAAAAUGACUUUAACUCAAAGGAAUGAUGAAAUUAAGAAGAGGAAUGGAUGUUUCAUCUGCCUAAAAAUUGGACAUAGAGCCAAGCAAUGUAGGUCAACUGUUCGAUGCUUGAUAUGCUUAAGAAGACAUUGGGCUGUAAUGUGUCCAGACUUACAAACAUGUAAAAAGAAAGAUGAUGAUAAAAUUAAGGAGGAGGAUGCACAAAAGAUAUCUUUAGCAAGUACCAGUUUUAAUUAUCCAUAUGAAGUGUAUCUUCAAACUUUAUUAGUGAAUAUCGAAUCUAAUAAAAGGCAGAAAAUUGUAAGGGCACUUAUUGACACUGGAUCACAGCGUUCAUAUAUAUUAAAAGGAACGGCUGAAGAAAUUGGGUGCCAUUCAAAUGGAACAGAAAGUUUGAUUCAUGCUCUUUUUGGAGGAGCCACAACAAAGAGAGAAACCCACAAACGUUAUGAAGUGUCUCUUAGUAGCCUAUAUGGCAAUUAUUCUAGAAGAUUAAACCUUUUGGAACAAUUAAAGAUUUGUGGACCAGUGACCACUUUGCAGCCUGGACCAUGGAUAGAAGAAAUGAAACAAAAAGGUAUCACUGUCUCUGAUGUUGGGAGAAAAGAUUUGAAAAUAGAAAUCCUUAUUGGAGCAGACGUCGCAGGUGCAUUGUUAACGGGAAAAGUUCACAAAUUAGAAAACGGAUUGGUUGCUGUGGAAUCUUUGCUCGGAUGGACAGUUAUGGGUAGAAUAAAUUAUUACACUUCAGAAAGUAAUGUGUCUAUGUCCUCCCUGAUAACGUUCAUGGUGGUUCACAGUAGCGACAUAGAAAACUUGUGGAAACUAGAGGCAUUGGGAAUUACAGAUUCCAAAGAAAAUAGAAGUGAUGUCGAAUUACAAGAAGCAGUAGGGGAUCAUUUUCACAAGACCCUAAAAAGAUCAGAGGAUAGAUAUGAAAUCUCUUUACCUUGGAUCAAUGAGAAAGACAAAUUACCCAGUAACAGAGAAGUAGCGAAAAAAAGACUAAUUUCCACGACAAAGAAACUCAUGUUAAAAGAUAAAACAGAAGCUUACAAUGCAGUGUUCGAAGAAUGGGUUAAAUCUGGAAUAAUCGAAGAAGUACCAGAAGAGGAGAAAAGUGUGCACAGCCAUUACCUUCCACACAGGCCGAUAUUCAAAGAGAACUCUACAACAUCCAUAAGACCAGUUUUUGACGCUUCGUGUAAGCAGAAGGAGUUUCUUUCCCUUAACGACUGUCUUGCAAAAGGUGAAAACUUAAUUGAAUUAAUACCAAGAUUGCUUCUUGAUUUCAGACGAGGAAAAAUAGGAGUUAUUUCAGAUAUCAAAAAAGCUUUUCUUCAGAUAUCUAUUCAAAAAAAUGAUCCUGAUUUUCUGAGAUUCCUGUGGUGGAAAGACUCUGAACAAAAGGAAAUAAGAGAAUUUCGACACUGCAGAGUAGUUUUUGGAUUAAAAUGCAGCCCCUUUUUAUUAGGUGCAGUGAUUAAUUCGCAUUUGGAUCAGUGUGAUAUUUCUCUAAAAGAAACAGCUUCAAAAUUGAAAUCUUCAUUUUAUGUUGAUAACUGUGUCACCUCAGUCAAUUCGAAUGAAGAAGCAGAAGAUUUUAUUACAAAGUCAACUCGAUUGAUGGCAAGUGGUAACUUCGACUUGAGAGAGUGGGAGCAGACAGAGAAGGACAAUGUGAAAUCGACAAUAAGUGAACCACUAAAAGUUCUUGGUCUUAUGUGGGAUAAGUUUGAAGAUUCACUGUUUUGUGACAUACCUAAUAUCGACUUAGAUGACAUCAUAGUGACAAGACGAAACGUGUUAUCAAUUGCACAGAGAAUCUUCUACCCAAUCGGUUAUAGCUGUCCUUUCACGCUUCGACCAAAAAUAUACUUGCAAAAUAGUUGGGAAACUAAAUUAAGCUGGGAUGCAGGGCUGCCUGAGGAAAUCAAAAGAAAAUUCUUGAAAUGGGUUAAGGAAUUGCCCUUGUUAGCAUCAGUAAAUAUUCCUAGGCAAGUUACUCAGACCGAUGGGCAGUCUUUUAGCCUCCAUACAUUUUCCGAUGCUUCACAGGGAUCUUAUGCGAGUGUAGUAUUUUUAAGAAGCCAAAAAUCAAAUGAAGUCAAAGUGACAUUAUUGCAAGCUAAAGCCAGAGUAGCUCCGUUGAAGAAAAUAACUAUACCAUGA